UUUUCAUUUUAGAAUCAGAUGGAUUUGAAUUUAACAGCCUUUUCCCGCUUUCUUCCUUUACUGGUCAUCAUGAGGACGCGUAUCGAGAGGACGAGUUGAAGGAGGACGAGAUGAAGGAGGAAGAGUGGAUGGAGGACAAUGGAAAGCAGGAAGAACGGAAGGAGGAGGACGAAGGAGAAUUAAAGAAGGUUGGAAGGAGAGAGAUAUCUCCUGGAGUAUUCUGUCAAGACAAGGAUUUAAUUUUCAGGCAAGGUUUGAGAGGAAAUUACUGGGUGUUGUACAAUUAUAUCAUUGCUGAUAAAUCAUUCAGAUGUGAUGAAUCUAUAACUUACACUACACAUGCAGACUAUACAUUUUUGGACAAUUUGGAACCAAUCAUUGAAAGAUGGAUGGGACCAGUAUCUCUAGCUGUUUACGCCCCUGGAGAAGACUUUAUAAACUCUGUCCAGGCAAUUCUGUAUUUCAGGAAUUGUCUUGCAAGCGAACUCGUGAGAGAUUAUACAACAUUUCAUCUAUUCUUUGAUUGGGAACACACUCCUCAAUCAGUUCCUUCUCAAGACCAGCUUCAGAAUAUGGUAAGGUUUCUGGGGGCCUUUCAUUAUAACUUAACAAUUCCUUUAGAUCAUUUUAGAAAUGUUGCACGAGAAACCGCUCAGACUCAUUUUGUGUUUCCUUCGGAUAUAGAACUCUACCCUAGUCCUGGUACUAUACCAUCCUUCUUAGAGAUGGUGAAGGCGAAUGUAGGGCCUGGCUCCCCCCUCAAACCACGUGUUUAUGUAAACUCCAUUUUUGAAAUCGAUAUUUCAGCUGAACACCUUCCCAGAGAAAAGGUUGAACUGGUUAAUAUGAUAAAAUCUGGAUUGGUUAUACCCUUCCAUAAACAUGUCUGUUCUGCCUGCCAUAAUAUUCCAUUUGCCCAGAACUGGACAGAGGCCCCUGUAAAACCAGGAAUGAGUGUACUCCAUGUUGGGAAACGUGUAAAACCAUACCAGCGAUGGGAACCAAUAUAUAUUGGAACUAACAGUGAACCAGUUUAUGAUGAGAGGCUGAGCUGGGAGGGUCGAAGAGAAAAAAUGGUUCAGGGAUACAAGAUGUGUGUGCUAGAUUAUGAAUUUCAUAUUCUUGAUAACGCUUUCCUCAUUCACAGACCUGGUAUAAAAACCAUGAAAAUUCUACAUUCUAAUAUUGACAAUAAAAAGGUUGCUGCCCAGAAUAGUUUUAUAAACAAGAAGAUAUUACCGCAAGUAAAGAAAACAAACCAACUUGUAUAUUGUUUAGGUUGCUGCCCAGAAUAGUUUUAUAAACAAGAAGAUAUUACUGCAAGUAAAGAAAACAAACCAGCUGUAUAUUGUUUAGGUUGCUGCUCAGAAUAGUUUUAUAAACAAGAAGAUAUUACCGCAAGUAAAGAAAAUAUUCGGAACACGAGCUGGCUGUGAAAUUUAGA